GUUUUAUCUGCCAUGGAUAACUCCCGUYUCAUCGAUGCCUUCUCUUUACCAAAGCACCAUUGAAGCUCCCUUAUUCAUCAAGGAAGUGUAACUUCUUCAUCGGUACCACCAAAGCAUCUCUAUCUUCUUCAUCAGAGCACUAUCGAACAUUAGUGCCCUCGCCCCAAUAUCUGGGUAUAGGAUGGGAGAGUCAUGGUGGGUUUAAUCCUUGUGAUUUUGGAAUUUGGGUCCCACCCGAUGUUGAAUUUCUUUACAUCUAUUAGAACCUUUUGGAGGGUACCAAAUAAGUGUUGAAGAACAUUAGGUAUCACCAAAUUGCUGGCAUACAGGUGUUAAAAAGGAGCUGAAGGUGAAGGUCCAAGAAGCAACCACUCAAACUAUCGACGAUWAAAGUGAUUGAUCAAUUAGAAUAAGAUAGAGAAAAAGAGAUUUACCGGUAGAUCGGUAGGAGAGGAGAGAAGGACAGGRGCGUCGGAGYGAACAGAUCGACGAAUAAGGGAGGAGGGCAGCGGUGCAGACGACGGAGGAGGGGAGUAGAGACGGCGAGGAGAGCACCGGCGAGAGAGGCACACUCUUAUGGAAGAAGAGGGUUUGCCCGCAAAACAGCCAUGGCGGGUGCUCGAAUUUUACAGUGGCAUUGGUGGCAUGAGGUAUUCGGUGAUGAAGGCUGGAUUGCAAACAGAAAUGGUUGAAGCUUUCGACAUAAACGACUUGGCUAAUGAUGUUUAUGAGCAUAAUUUUGGGCAUCGGCCAUUUCAGGGUAACAUUCAGACAUUGACUGCUGCUGAUCUUGAUCGUUACCGCGCAAACGUGUGGCUUCUUUCUCCACCAUGCCAACCGUAUACCCGACAAGGUCUUCAGAAACAAUCUGCUGAUGCUCGGGCCUCCUCUUUUCUCAGAAUUCUUGAAAUCAUUCCGCAGUUGAUGCUACCUCCGGUCAUGCUCUUUGUUGAGAAUGUUGUUGGAUUUGAGACAUCUGAUACACAUCAAAAGAUGGUUCAGAUACUCGAGGAAAGCCAAUUUGAAAUGCAGGAAUUUAUAUUAAGCCCACUGCAGUUUGGUGUGCCGUACUCCCGUCCCCGUUACUUUUGCCUGGCCAAAAGAAAGCCAUCAUCCUUCUGCAACCCAGAGUUCAAUGGGCAGCUUCUUCAUGUGCCAGAACUGUUAUUCGGUUGCAAUGAGAGCAUAUCAAUCAGUGAAAAUGGUCAAUUAACAAGUACUUCUGAUAAGAUGYUCCAAACAUGCCUUCCUAUAGAAAGAUUUUUGGAAUUUGGGAACUCUAUGAACCAGGUUGAAAAUGGAACAAGUUUUCCACCAAAUACGUUUUCAGAUGAAAAUUCUUUAAAGCAGUACUUUGUUCCAUCAAACUUGAUAGAAAGAUGGGGAAGUGCCAUGGAUAUCGUCUAUCCUGAUUCAAAGCGCUGCUGUUGCUUCACAAAGAGUUAUUAUCGUUAUGUGAAGGGCACUGGAUCCCUAUUAGCAACCGUUAUGCCAAAGACGAGAGACAAAACGUCAUUGGAGGAACUUUGCCUCAGAUACUUCACGCCUAGAGAGGUUUCAAAUUUGCAUUCUUUCCCCAAGGAAUUUGAGUUUCCAGAACAUGUAACCCUUCGACAACGUUAUGCAUUGCUGGGAAACAGUUUGAGUGCAGCAGUGGUUGCUCCGCUCCUCCAUUAUCUAUUUAGCGAACCGUAGUUUUUUCUUCAGUUGUUUUUCGAUCAUAUGAUUCUCAGUUUGCAAGGCUUAAUCCCAUCAAAGUUGAUAACAUUUCGAUCUCCAGGACUUGUUUAUGAAGCUCGAAGAAACACCGUGUGUAUGAUAAGUUUUUGAUCCUAUCUUAUAUCUACAAGAUGAGGUUUGAAGUGUUGUUCAAAUGAUAUUGAUAUUUUGGAGUUUUAGGUAUGCCCUACCAGAGAAAUGCAUAGGGUACACCACAGAAUUUGGUGUUAGAAUUGUAUCCCAUAUGUAUGAGAUCAUCCACACUCAUGGAAUGAGUCAUCUUUCAAGAGUAACAUUGUUAGCUUUUGUAAUUAUCUUAUACAUUAAUACAGGGGACCGUUUUUUGCGAG